AUGACGCUGGUGGAAUUAGCCACCAAUGCUGGCUACGUGCUGGGGUUAUUGGCCUUGGGCCUGCUUUUCCUGAUCCUGGGCCAAGGGAUCUACAACGUCUACUUCCAUCCAGCUCGCCACUUUCCUGGUCCGAGAUUAUGGGCGGCCUACCACAUCUUCAAAGACAUCAUCUGCGCCACGGGCGAUAUCGACCUUCGCCUGUGUGAACUGCAUGCCCAGUACGGACCAGUUGUCCGCAUUUCACCCGAUGAAUUAUCCUUCCGAGACGAGCAGGCCUGGAAAGACAUCUAUGCGCAUCCAAAUUACCUGGCCAAAUGGCCGCGUUUUGCAUUCGUGCACGAUAAACCCGAUACCCCAGCGGACAUCAUCAACUCAACGCACGCCGACCACGCACGCAUCCGCCGUCAACUCUCCCAUGCCUUCUCGGAAAAAGCGCUCCGCGAACAGGAAGACCGCAUCUCCAGCCAUAUCAGUCUGCUGAUGGACAAGAUCACCGAUGCCGCGUCGACGGGCUCGCCGGUGGACAUGGUCAAGUGGUACAACCUGACCACGUUCGAUGUCAUCAGCGACCUGGCCUUUGGGCAGUCGUUUGACUCGUUGAUUGAGGGCGAGUAUCAUCCGUGGGUGGCGUCUGUGUUCAACAACAUCCGCACGUUUAAUAUCAUCCGCUGCUUUGCUACCUACCCCGGGGCGAAAAUCAUUAUUGGGCUGCUGGCCUCGGCCGAUCUCAGGAGCUCCCGCCAGCGACACAAGGAAUAUACCGUGUCUACGGUUCGAAGCCGACUGGCCAAGGGCACGAUGGAAGAACGUCGGGACUUUCUGUCAUAUACUCUCAAACACAAAGACGAGGGAGGCAUGACCGAAGGCGAGAUUAUCCGCACCGCCAGUACGUUGAUCAUGGCGGGAUCCGAGACCACCGCCACCUUACUGUCUGGAGUGACCUAUUUCCUCGGCAGGAAUCCGGAAGCUCUUCGCAAGGUGGUGGCCGAAGUUCGCAAUGCCUUCAGGAGUGAAAGUGAAAUCACCUUUUUGAAUGCAGCGGGUCGACUACCUUAUAUGCUGGCUUGUUUGGAUGAGACGCUGCGACUGUACCCUCCAGCGCCGUUCAUCUCGCCUCGUCUGACACCGGCGGGAAUCACCAAGAUUGCAGGCUACGAUGUCCCUGGUGGGAUGGGAGUUGGCGUCGCCCGGCUCGCAGCAGCUCGCGAUCCGCAAUCCUUUUUUCAAGCAGAUCGCUUCUGUCCGGAGCGCUGGCUGGAAUCAGCCCGGGAAGAGGGAUCUCCAUUCUACCAUGAUGCUCGAGGCUGUUUCCAAUCUUUUCUCGUGGGUCCCGGGGCGUGUCUGGGACGAAACCUGGCAUACUACGAGAUGCGCACUAUUCUCGCCCGGAUUCUGUGGCGGUUUGACCUGCGACUGAGUGACGAGAGCCAGGAGUGGGUUCAUGGCCAGAAGACAUACGUGGUGUGGGAGAAGCCGCCGUUGAUGUGCUAUCUGGACAGGAGCAAUAAAUAG